CUGUCUCUCUCAGCCCCUUCGCCGCCGCCGCCGCCACCGCCGCUGGUCACCUUCUCUCUCGUGCCCUAAACAAAAAAACCUUCUCUCUCGAUCCGAUCUUCUGGUCACUUGGUAUAAUCAUGGCCACGGAGAUGACUACGCAGUCUGGGUCGAAGAAGACGGCUUCGAGGUGCAUCACAGAGAAGGCGGAGGGCACGCACGUCUUCGAGAUCGUCGGUUACAGCCUCAAGAAGGGCAUGGGCGUCGGCAAGGCCGUCCGGUCGGGCACCUUCACCGUCGGCGGCUUCGAUUGGGGCAUCCUCUUCUACCCCGACGGAACGUCCAGGACUGGCCACCAGUGUGUGGCGGCAGAUCUCGAGCUCAGGAGUAAGGGCAAGCAGGCGCGGGCAUGCUGUGAUCUGAGAUUGGUAAACGAGGAUACCCGGUUGGCAUACAGCUUCGAGAGUAUUUCGCCUAAAGCAAUCCCGACAUCGUACAACGAUUGUAGCCACUAUUCCCGGGAAAAUGCAAGAGUCGUUGAGAAAAGUCACUUUGAGGAGGAAGGGUCAGGCUAUAUUAAGGAUGAUAGCCUGACAAUUGAAUGUGUGCUCACUGUCAUGAAGCAAUCGCUGGUGGCCAAAAUCACAGGGGACUCUGAAAUGCAAGUGCCGCCAUCUAAUUUAUCUAGUCAUUUUGGGAAACUGUUGCUGGAGGAGAACGGAGCGGAUUUGACGUUCAGUGUUGGAGGGGAGUCUUUUGCGGCACACAAGAUCAUACUCGCCGCACGGUGGCCUGUCUUCGAGGCAGAGCUGUAUGGUCAGAUGAAGGAGAGAGAGGAUCAAUGCAUAAUUGUUGAAGACAUGCAGCCUGGUGUUUUCAAGGCAUUGCUGCAUUUCAUAUAUACUGAUUCGUUGCCUUGCGUGGACGAUCUUGGUGAUGAUGAUUACAGUGAGAUGAUCCGGCAUUUACUUGUCGCUGCAGAUAGAUAUGCCAUGGAUAGGAUGAAGUUGAUGUGCCAGAACAUCCUCAGCGAAAAUCUUGCCUUAGAGACUGUGGCAGCUACGCUGGCUUUAGCUGAUCAGUAUAACUGUGAAAGGCUCAAGGAUGUCUGCAUUAAGUUUAUUGCCUCUACAGAUGAGAUGGAUACUUUGAUGGCAACCCAAGGCUACAUGGAUCUCAAAAGAACUUGCCCUUUUGUCUUUGUAGAUGUAUUUGAGAAGUCAAAGAGGCUUCGCGGAGCAUAGAGGCUUCUUUAAUAUAGGUUAGCCAGCCUGUUUUGCAUGAACAGCAGCAUUAUCUUGAGCAGCUUGUGUGAAUCUUUUGUCAAACUAUCCUGCGCAUAGCUGAACAUCAAUGCUUGGAGAUGUCAUGACCACAUUAAUGUAUGAAACAAUGUUAGCUAACAGUGUCAUGCCAUUGAGGAAACACAACAGGGUAUUUACAUUUGCAAUUUGUUUGAUCCUACUGUAGUAUUAGUUUCAUUGUGUACACAAUUGAAAGAAAAAUCUUCAUUUACAAUCUGCUACAGCAGAUAAUU